AUUUUGCGCGAUAUUCAAGUAAGUUGGAAGUCGUUGCUAAAUCUGCUGUAACGCUGCUCAAAUUAACAUCGGUACUCUAUCGCUUGAUUUAAACAGCAAUCAGCCAGAGAUAGCGGAUCUACUGUUAUCGCAAGGCGCAGCCGUCGAUGCCACCAACAACGUCGACAACAAGAGAUGUACUGCUCUGCAUAUAGCAGUUAAAAAAGUGUACGUGAAAUGCGUCAAAGUGCUGCUGCGUUAUCAUUGCGACGUGAAUCUCCAGGACAUGAAUGGCGAUACAGCGUUGCACUAUGCAAUCAAGAACAACGCGCUGAAUGUGAUCGACAAGUUAUGCGUCGAGAAAAUCGAUUUCACAUUAAGUAACAAUGAGGGCUUUAACAUGCUGCACUAUGCUGCGUUCGUAGGCAACGUUCAUGCAACGAAGAGGCUGGUUACACAAGUGCCUCACUUGGUGGAUAUGAAAAUGGAGGACGGAAAUGCAGCGUUGCAUCUAGCAGCGUUGAAGGGACACAGAGAAGUCGCGGCCAUCCUUCUUUCGCAGAAUGGCGGCCGCGCCGAAGUCGAUUUGCGUAACAAUUUAGGACAAACGCCAUUGAGCGAGGAAUUUAUCGUCAUAUAUAUAGUUUUCAAACUCUGUUUUAAAACAACAGCACAAGUUUCCAAAAUUCUUGUCUUUGAAAUAACAAAGUGCUUUCUCCGCGAAUAAUUUAACAAUUUAA